AUGAGUGCUGCUGAAGGUGGACAUCUCCAAGUACUGAAAUGGGCCCAUGAAAAUGGCUGCCCUUGGCAUGAGGAUACUUGUAUAGAGGCAGCCAGAGGUGGGCAUUGGGAUUUGUUGGAAUGGGCCAGUGAAAAUGGCUGCCCCUGGAAUGAGCAAAUUUGUUCAGAUGCUGCUGAACGUGGUGAUUUGGAAUUGUUGAAAUGGGCCCGUGAAAAUGGCUGCGGGUGGGAUGAAUUCACUUGUUCAAAUGCUGCUGCAGGUGGGCAUUUGGAGUUGUUGAAAUGGGCGUAUGAAAAUGGCUGCCCUUGGGAUGAGCUCACUUGUGCAAAUGCUACUUAUUAUGGACAUUUGGAAGUUUUGAAAUGGGCGCGGGCAAAUGACUGCCCGUGGGAUGAAAGAACUUGUGCAAAUGCUGCUGGAGGAGGGCAUCUGGAAGCACUGAAAUGGGCCCGUGAACAUGGCUGUCCAUGGGAUGCAGACACUAUCAGACAAGCUAGAUAUUUGCACCAUGACCAUGUUUUGGAUUGGGCCCUUGUAAAUCGAUGCCCCGAUGUUUAA